AUGACGGACUCCAGGAGAGUCGAGGGUGAAAGAGUAUUCUGCCACCAAUGCAACAAUGAAUGGGAUAGACGUCAUGGCGGACUGACCUGUCCCAGAUGCGAGGGGGACUUUACCGAGAUUCUGGAACUAGGAACGACAUCGUCGCUGGAACAUGACCGACAACCCUCUCCUGCCGCUCCCCCUCCGGACCCCUUCUCUCCUCUAGAUUCGCUGCACAAUCAUUAUCCCUGGCAAAAUGAUCCCGAUUCUAAUCCCCGGGACAAUUUUACCACCUUCGAGUUCACCAGUGGCAGUGGAAGAAGUGGCAGGAUUUCCGUCAGCACACGAACCUUUGUUUUGGGCGGCCCCGGACAAAAUGUAACUGAUGCCCAUGACCGUGAGUUCGUUGAUAUGUUUGAUCACAUGCUGAUCAAUGUGAUUCGAUCGCAGAACCGACUCAUGAACCCAUUUCCACCGCUCGGAUUCCCGCGAACUCCCUCCCCAGGCUUUGGCAAUGCAGCUGGUGGACCCUUUCCGGCAAGAGAUUUCCGAGAGAUGCCUGCUCCUCUGCAACCAGGAAACCUGCAAGAUCUGUUGUCUGCUCUUUUCCGAUCAAUGCAACAAGAAGAAUCGGGCGACCGUCGAACGAUGGGUCAUCCACCACAUCCUUUCGAUUUUCUGAAUCAGAUUUUCAACCCGGAGAACGCUCAGCUCGGCGAUGCAGUGUACACCCAAGAAGCAUUCGACCGAAUCAUGACACAGCUUAUGGAGCAAAAUGGUGGCAGCGCUACCCGGCCAGCAUCAGACGAAGCCAUUAGGUCGCUGGGAACGAAGAAGGUGGACCAAGAAAUCUUGGGAAGUGAAGGGAAGGCUGAAUGUUCCAUUUGCAUGGACAACGUUGAAUUGGGUGACGAGGUGACCGUCCUGCCGUGUAAUCAUUGGUUUCAUGGCGAUUGUGUAAAGGAGUGGUUGAAAGAGUCCGACACAUGCCCUCAUUGCCGGAAGCCAAUCACGAGUCCGGAAGAACGGCAACCACCCAGUCUCCCAAGGCGAAGAACAAGUCGCCGACCAUCUUCGGUGUCAAGCCCGCGUGCUUACGGUCCGGAAGGGAGCCGAUACAAUCCGGCCAGGAUUCCGGAGAGCCCCAGCGAGUUGCGUGAGCGGCGACAAUCGUACUAUGGAAGAAGGCAGUAUGGAGAUAUGGAACAUUCCGAGCCCAUUCAACACUCGAGCAGUAACCGCGAUCCAAGGCGAAAUGGUUCUCGAGGUAGUAGUGGAGGGAGCGGAGGGAGCGGGGGGAGCAGGAACAACAGCUCUGGUGGAGGGAUGACAGGGUGGAUUAGGGAUCACCUCCCGUUUUCUUGA